GCCGGGACGGGAUAACCAUGGGUCAAACCGGAAAAAAAUCUGAAAAAGGACCAAUUUGUUGGCGAAAACGUGUGAAAUCAGAAUACAUGAGACUGAGGCAGCUCAAGAGGUUCCGACGUGCAGAUGAAGUAAAGAGUAUGUUUAAUUCUAAUCGUCAGAAGAUACUGGAGAGAACUGAGAUCUUAAAUCAAGAAUGGAAACAACGUAGGAUACAGCCUGUUCACAUCAUGACUUCUGUGAGCUCAUUGCGCGGGACCAGGGAGUGCUCUGUUACCAGCGACAUAGAUUUUCCAAAACAAGUCAUCCCCCUAAAGACUCUCAAUGCUGUUGCUUCUGUGCCUAUAAUGUACUCUUGGUCUCCCCUUCAACAGAAUUUUAUGGUAGAGGAUGAAACUGUUUUACAUAACAUUCCGUAUAUGGGAGAUGAAGUGCUUGACCAGGAUGGUACUUUUAUUGAGGAACUAAUCAAGAAUUAUGAUGGAAAAGUGCAUGGAGACAGAGAAUGUGGAUUUAUCAAUGAUGAAAUAUUUGUUGAGCUGGUCAAUGCUCUUGGUCAAUAUAGUGAUGAUGAAGAUGAUGAUGAUGGAGAUGACAAUCCUGAUGAAAGAGAUGACAAGCAAAAAGAUCGGGACGGUAACAGGAUGGAGAAGGAAAGCCACCCACCACGGAAAUUUCCUUCUGACAAGAUAUUUGAAGCCAUUUCCUCAAUGUUUCCAGACAAGGGUACAGCAGAAGAAUUGAAAGAAAAAUACAAAGAACUGACAGAGCAGCAGCUUCCAGGAGCUCUUCCUCCUGAAUGUACACCAAACAUAGAUGGACCAAAUGCCAAAUCUGUUCAGAGGGAGCAGAGCCUUCACUCCUUUCACACGCUGUUCUGUAGGCGCUGCUUUAAGUACGAUUGCUUCUUACAUCCAUUCCACGCAACUCCUAAUACUUACAAACGGAAGAACACAGAAACAGCACUAGAUAACAAACCUUGUGGACCGCAUUGUUAUCAGCAUCUGGAAGGUGCGAAGGAGUUUGCAGCUGCCCUCACAGCUGAGCGUAUAAAGACGCCACCAAAGCGUCCCGGGGGCCGGCGAAGGGGGAGACUUCCAAAUAACACCAGCAGACCCAGCACCCCGACGAUCAACGUGUUGGAAUCGAAGGACACGGAUAGUGACAGAGAAGCUGGAACUGAAACUGGAGGAGAGAAUAAUGAUAAAGAAGAAGAAGAAAAGAAGGAUGAAACAUCCAGUUCUUCUGAAGCAAACUCCAGGUGUCAAACACCAAUAAAGAUGAAGCCAAAUAUUGAGCCUCCGGAGAAUGUGGAAUGGAGUGGUGCUGAAGCCUCAAUGUUUAGAGUUCUUAUUGGCACUUACUAUGACAACUUCUGUGCAAUUGCCAGACUGAUAGGGACCAAAACAUGCAGGCAGGUGUAUGAGUUUAGAGUAAAGGAAUCUAGUAUUAUUGCUCCAGUCCCUGCUGAAGAUGUUGAUACUCCUCCCAGAAAGAAGAAAAGGAAACACAGGUUGUGGGCUGCUCAUUGCAGAAAGAUACAGCUGAAAAAGGAUGGGUCAUCUAAUCAUGUUUACAACUAUCAGCCGUGUGAUCACCCGCGUCAGCCUUGUGACAGCUCCUGCCCCUGUGUGAUUGCUCAGAACUUCUGCGAGAAGUUUUGUCAGUGCAGCUCAGAAUGCCAGAACCGGUUUCCUGGCUGUCGCUGUAAGGCGCAGUGCAACACGAAGCAGUGUCCCUGCUACCUGGCCGUGCGAGAAUGUGAUCCUGACCUCUGCCUAACCUGCGGCGCCGCUGACCACUGGGACAGCAAGAACGUGUCCUGCAAGAACUGCAGCAUUCAGAGGGGAUCCAAAAAACACUUGCUCUUGGCACCUUCAGAUGUGGCAGGCUGGGGAAUUUUCAUCAAAGACCCCGUACAGAAGAAUGAGUUCAUUUCUGAAUACUGUGGUGAGAUAAUUUCUCAGGAUGAGGCAGACAGAAGAGGAAAAGUGUACGACAAGUACAUGUGCAGCUUUCUGUUUAACUUGAAUAAUGAUUUUGUGGUUGAUGCAACACGCAAGGGCAACAAAAUUAGAUUUGCAAACCAUUCAGUAAAUCCGAAUUGCUAUGCAAAAGUUAUGAUGGUUAAUGGUGAUCACAGAAUAGGUAUAUUUGCUAAGAGAGCUAUCCAGACUGGUGAAGAACUGUUCUUUGACUACAGAUAUAGCCAAGCUGAUGCCCUUAAAUAUGUGGGCAUUGAAAGAGAAAUGGAAAUCCCUUGACACCAGCUACCUCUUCUUUUUUUAAAAAAAAAAAAAAGCUGCCUUAUCUUCAGGAAUUUCUAGUACUGUGGGCAAUUUUAGAAAAAUAAAAUGAUGCAAUUUGAAAUUCUGAAUUUGCAAAGUACUGUAACAGUAAUUUAUAGUAACAAAUUUACAAAACUUUUUAUUGCCUUCUCACCAGCUGCAAAGUGUUUUGUACCUAUGAACUUUUGCAAUAAUGUGGUGUGGUACAUUUUUCAACCGUGAAUAAAGGAUACUUGAACUUCUUCA